AUAAACAGUUGCGGAAAUUUACAUUAUUUUCUUUUAAAUAAUGGCCGAUGAUGCUGGCCAGGACAAGCGUAAACAGCACCGCGCACGCCAGUCCGGCGUCAAGGCGGACAAGAAGAAGGUAAAGGCCAAAAAGGACGCCAAUCAAAAGGAACCAGAGCUGACUGCGCGCCAACGUAAUCCAAAAGCGUUUGCCAUCAACUCGGCCCAGCGUGCGGAGCGCAAUUUCCGACGCAAAGAGGAUCUAACGGCCAAGAAGCAGCACAUACCCGUCGUCGACCAGACACCCGAUGAGCCGCCGCCAGUGCUGAUUGCCAUUGUGGGCCCACCCAAAGUGGGCAAAACAACGCUCAUCAAGAAUCUGAUCAAGAGCUUCACGCGCACCAAUGUCACGGACAUACGUGGUCCCAUCACCAUAGUUACCUCAAAGAAGCGCCGCAUUACUCUGCUGGAGUGCAACAAUGACAUCAACUCCAUGAUCGAUGUAGCCAAGUGCGCGGAUCUGGUGCUGCUACUCUGUGAUGCCAGCUACGGCUUCGAAAUGGAGAUCUUCGAGUUCCUCAAUAUAUGCCAGGUGCACGGCAUGCCCAAGAUAAUGGGUGUGCUGACGCACCUGGACAUGAUCAAGAAUCCCAAACAGCUGCGCAAACGCAAAAAGGAGCUGAAGCAUCGCUUCUGGACGGAGGUUUACGACGGCGCCAAGCUCUUCUAUCUGUCGGGUCUUCUGCAUGGCGAGUACUUGCGUAAUGAGAUCAAGAAUCUGGGCCGGUUUAUAUCUGUCAUAAAGUUCCGGCCACUCCAGUGGCGUGGCGCGCACAGCUACCUUCUGGUGGAUCGUGUGGAGGACAUCACCAACACGGACACGGUGCGCCGUAAUCCCAAGUGCGAUCGCGAAGUUGUCCUCUAUGGCUAUGUGCGCGGUGUGCCGCUCAAGCAGGAGCACAUGGUGCACAUUGCUGGCCUGGGCGACGCACGCAUUGACGAGCUGAGCCUCAUACCUGAUCCGUGUCCAUUGCCGGGCACAGAGAAGAAGCGUAGCCUGUUGGAAAAGGAGCGUCUACUCUAUGCACCCAUGUCGGGUGUGGGUGGCAUCGUAUACGACAAGGAUGCGGUCUACAUUGAGCUCCAAGGAUCACACUCGCACAAGGAGAAAACGGCCGAGGCCACGGAGCAGGAGGCGCUAGUCAACAAGCUGAUAGACAAGAAAACCACCAUGGAUGAGCAGAUUGAACAGCAGGAGUUCCGACUCUUUUCAGACAGUGUGCCUAUCAAGUCCAAGGAUUUCAAAAGCGAAGAUGAAGCCGAGGACGAGGACGAUUCAGAGCAGGAAGAUGAGAACGAUGCAGAUGAUUCGGGGAUGGACGCAGCCUCCGGCGAUGAAGACCAGCCCGACGAAUUUGCGGCCGACGAUUGGCGUGAUGAAAAUAGCGAUGAGGUCGAGCAGAUGGAACAGGACAGUGACGAUGCGUCCUCCGGCGAUGAGGAGUAUCAAUGUUUGACAGAUGUCAAGGGAGCCGCGGCGCCAAGCGAUGGCUCCGACGAAGAGGAUGAUGAAGCACGCAUCCUGGCCAGCAACAUGAGCUGGAAAACGAAUAUGGCGCAAAAGGCGCGCGAUGCUUUCCUGCAACGCCACUCGGAGUCGCGCAAUCUGAUGCGUCUGGUAUACGGAGUAUACAAUCAGGGCGAAGUCAACAGGCAGCAGCAAGAGGAUGCCGACGACUCUGAGGAGGAGUUGGGCGGUCUGUUUCGCGUGGCCACCAAAAAGCAAACGGAACUGCAGAAGGACAAGGACAUACGUGACAAAGACGAGCGCUGCUUCUUCGAGUAUCAAAGCGAUGCUACGCGAGACUGGCUAUCCGAGGCAAACAAGGAGCUAAUCAAGAACUGCUUUGUGACUGGCAAGUGGAAGGCUUCGGAGGAUGCCGAAAAUUUGCUCAAGCUGGAUGACAUGAGCGAUGCGGACAGCGAGGUGUAUGGCGACUUUGAGGAUCUGGAGACGGGUGAGCAGCACAGCGGCAAGCCCAAGGCAGCGAUCGCCGAGGACGAGCCAAACGAUGAUGAGGCAGCUGCUCCAGCUGCUACGGCUGCCAAACGUAAAAUGACGCGCGUGGAGGAGGAGAAUCUGACAAAAGCCGAACUGAUGGCCAAGAAGCUAAAGCUGAAGGCCAAAUUCGAUGCGGAGUACGACAACAGCGGCGAGAAGGCUGAGGACGAUGGCGGCCGGAUCACUGGCGACCAUUCCUUCUACGAGGACCUUAAGGCGGAGGCGCAGAAGCAAAGCGAACUGAACAAAAGCGAAUUUGCCCAGCUGGACAACGAGCUGCGUAUUCAAAUCGAAGGCUACCGCGCCGGCCUUUAUGUGCGCCUGGGCUUUAAGACAAUUCCUGCGGAGUUUGUGGAGAAUUUCGAUGCCAGUUAUCCCGUGCUGGUGGGCGCACUCAACAUGACCGAGGAGAAUGUGGGCUAUGUCAAUUGCAAGGUUAAAAAGCAUCGCUGGUACAAGAAGAUCCUCAAGACGGGCGAUCCGCUUAUAGUCUCAAUGGGCUGGCGUCGCUUCCAAACGGUCGCCAUUUAUGCCAAGGUGGAGGAUAACCUGAGGCAUCGUUAUCUGAAGUAUACGCCCAAUCAUGUGACCUGCAGCAUGACCUUUUGGGGUCCAAUAACGCCGCAGAAUACUGGCUUCUUGGCGCUGCAAACGGUGCGCCAGGAUCAGGAGGAAAUGAAGCGUUUGGGCUUCCGCAUAGCCGCCACAGGCUGCGUUACCGAACUGGACAAAUCGUCGCAGAUCAUGAAAAAACUUAAGCUGGUUGGACAUCCAUUCAAAAUCUACAAAAACACGGCGUUCAUUAAGGACAUGUUCACCUCUUCGCUUGAGGUGGCCAAAUUUGAGGGCGCCAAAAUCAAGACCGUUUCCGGUAUACGCGGCCAAAUCAAGAAGGCGCAUCACACGCCCGAGGGCUCCUAUCGUGCAACAUUCGAGGACAAGAUUCUGCUCAGCGACAUUGUCUUCUGUCGCACCUGGUUCCGUGUGGAUGUGCCACGUUUCUACGCUCCAAUCACAUCGCUGCUGCUGCCACCCGAGCAGAAGAGCCAGUGGCAGGGCAUGAAGACGCUAGGUCAGUUAAAGCGGGAGCGAGCACUCCAGAACGAAGCACAGCCGGAUAGCAUGUAUACAGAUAUUGUGCGCAAGCCGAAGAUCUUCCGCCCGCUGGUUAUACCCAAGGCACUGCAGCGUGCGCUACCCUACAAGGAUAAGCCCAAGCUGGCGCCAGACAAUCCUAGGCAAGUGCUCGAACGCGUUGCCGUUAUCAACUCGCCCUACGAGCAGAAGGUGGCCAAAAUGAUGAAGAUGAUCGAGACCAACUACAAGGAUAAGCGCCAACGCGAACGCAAGGAAACCAAGCAGCGUAUGCAAAAGUUCCGAGCACAAAAACGUGACGAAGAAGCCUCCAAGCUGAGGCGGCAAAAGGAGCUGCGCAAGAAGGUCUCCCGGGCCAUCAGCAAGAUGCGUGGCAGAAACAAUAAAUGAUGUACAUAUAAAUCUUAGGAUAAGCGUGAAAAUAAAUUUGUACAAUUUAA